GCCGAAGUGAGAUGCCACGGCACGUGGAUUCACGAAUGGUAAGAGUGUCUCUUUCUUCUUCGAAAAUAAAACCCCGGCACAUGACUGGCUGCCUCUUCCAAUGGGCGUCAAACCGUCACCGCUCUUGACCGCUCGACAACAACGAGCCGGGGGCACGCGCCCAUAAGAAGCCCCGGCCCUCUCCUGCCUUCCACUCCACCGUCACACCAAUUCCCCCAUCUUCUUACUCUUCUGCUUCUUCUUCUGCUAUCUCCUCUUUCUCUCUCUUCUCCUCUCUCUACCAUCCGCCUGCUGCUGCCUCCCUUCCACUGUCCUUCGAGUCGAAUCCCAUCCAUCAUCACCGCAUACAACAAUCCACCUUCACCAUGUUCAACCAGACCGACUGGGGUCAGCCGCGGCCGCGCCAUCAGUACACGUACCAUCCGCGUCCGCUCCCAGGUCAGAAGGGCGUCCUGGUCUACAGCGGUCCUCUCAACAUGACUGCUGCUGUCCAAGGUUACGGCGCCUACGGCUCUGCUGGCUACGGAUACGGCUACGGUGCUGUGGCUCCCCACGGCGCAGCAAUUGGCGGAGCGACGACAGUGUACCGUCGUGUCUCUGUCCCUGGUGCUCCUCUCGCUCUUGCCGCUUACCCUGCUUCGACAGCAUACGUCGCGACGGCAGCGGCCACGUCCACGGAGACAAAGGGCACGGUUGCAGCGGCCACCACUACUACCACCACCACCACGGUUCCAGCACACGUUGCCUAUGUCCAUGCAGCGGCCACGCCCACCAGGCUCCCCGAAGCCUACCACACUGCCAACUACAGCACUCGUCUCAAAGCUGUUCCCGCUGUUCCCACGGUCGAGGAUAUACGUCUCGAAAAUCGACGUGUCGCUACCGAACGUGGAGCUUAUAAAGCUCGCCCUAUCAAGCCUGCGGAUGCGCUUCCUGACGAUAUGUUCUGGUGUCGCGAGAAGGAUGGAGAGUGGCAUUGCAGGCCGUAUUAUCAGAUUGAGAAUGAGUGCUAUCCGGGAAGGUGGAAGAUGGAUGCAGAGCAUGGGUUCUUGGUGUUUCAUAGGGAAUAGGAGGGGCUGUGCUACAUACUUCCUCUUUGAUCGAUGGUCUGUGGGAGAGGGGAACUUGCUAUGGCUGCAAGCCUGGCAAGUAACCGUACGUCAUUGAUUGGGAUUCGACUGACGAAUACCGACUCCCC